GAGGCUAGCCCUGCACCCGCCAUCCCAUGCAUGGCCCGGGCGACACUCGACAUGAACACGGAGGGGCUCGGAGCACGCGGAGGGGGCCACAUAGGGCACGGACCACUCCCUUUCAGCGUGGAGUCACUACUGGAGGCUGAGCGCGAACGGGGCUCCGAGCCUGGGGAGCUGGGGGAGGAGAGGCCGCCGGGUGCCUCGAAGCCCGGAGCCUGGCCCCCACCGGUCACGCACACGUGCCCCCCACGUGCCCCCAGCCCUCCACCCUGUACCCUUCGCAAACAUAAAAACAACCGCAAGCCACGGACACCCUUCACCACCGCGCAGCUGCUGGCGCUUGAGCGCAAGUUUCACCAGAAGCAGUACUUGUCCAUUGCUGAGCGCGCCGAGUUCUCCAGCAGCUUGAGUCUCACUGAGACUCAGGUCAAGAUCUGGUUUCAGAACCGCCGAGCCAAGGCCAAGCGGCUGCAGGAGGCUGAGCUGGAGAAGCUGAAGCUGGCAGCCAAGCCGGUACUGCCGGCGUUUGGCCUGCCAUUUCCGCUGAGCACCCAGUUGCAUAGUUCCGCAGCUGCGUUCGGCGGCGGUGCGGUUCCUGGGAUCCUCGCCGGGCCCGUCGCGGCUUAUGGCAUGUACUAUCUGUCUUAG